UGAGAUGGGCGGAGGCGGGCUUCCCAGAGGCCAUCAUGAGGAAGCCACGAGGAGCUGUGGGAAGUGGUCACAGGAAGCAGGCAGCCAGCAAGAAGCGAAGAAAACAACAUGCCCUUGGUAGCAGCCAGACCGCGCCUUCUGACCCUGAUGCCUGCACAGGGAGAAUCCCUGAGUGUCCUGAGGCCCCAGCAGGCCCGGCCAGACAGCAGGAAGAGGUGGUGUCGCAGGCCUCCAUCUCCCCAUACCAUCUAUUCAGAGAUUCAGCUGAAGUCAUAGCCUUCCGUGAGGGCCUGCUGAACUGGUACGACCGGGAGAAGCGGGACCUACCGUGGAGAAGACGGGCAGAGGAUGAGGUGGACCCAGACAGGCGGGCGUAUGCUGUGUGGGUCUCAGAGGUCAUGCUGCAGCAGACUCAGGUUGCCACGGUGAUCAACUACUACACCCGAUGGAUGCAGAAGUGGCCAACCCUGCAGGACCUGGCCAGUGCUUCCCUGGAGGAGGUGAACCAGCUCUGGGCUGGCCUGGGCUACUAUUCUCGAGGCAGGAGGCUACAGGAGGGAGCUCGGAAGGUGGUAGAGGAACUUGGGGGCCAUGUGCCACGAACCGCAGAGACCCUGCAGCGGCUCCUGCCUGGUGUGGGGCGGUACACAGCUGGGGCCAUAGCUUCCAUCGCCUUUGGCCAGGCAACCGGCGUGGUAGAUGGGAAUGUGGUGCGGGUGCUGUGCCGUGUCCGAGCCAUUGGUGCUGAUCCCAGCAGCGCUCCUGUCUUCCAGCAGCUCUGGAGCUUCGCCCAGCAGUUGGUGGACCCAGUACGGCCAGGGGACUUCAACCAAGCAGCCAUGGAGCUGGGGGCCACAGUGUGCACCCCACAGCGCCCACUCUGCAAACAAUGCCCUGUGCAGCGCUUGUGCCGGGCCCACCAGAGGGUGGAGCAAGAACAGCUGUGUGCUUCACGGAGCCUGCCAGGCAAUCCUGAUGUAGAGGAGUGUGCUCUUGGUACUGGACAGUGCCAGCUGUGCCCGCCUCCUUCAGAGCCCUGGGACCAGACCCUGGGAGUGGCCAACUUUCCCCGAAAGGCCAGCCGCAGGCCCCCCAGGGAGGAGUACUCUGCCACCUGUGUUCUGGAGCAGCCCAAGGCCCUUGGAGGUGCCCGCAUUCUGCUGGUCCAGAGGCCGAGCUCAGGUCUGCUGGCAGGGCUGUGGGAGUUCCCGUCCGUGACCUUGGAGUCCCCAGUGCAGCAUCAGCACAAGGCGCUGCUUCAGGAACUGCAGAGUUGGGCUGGGCCCCUCCCUGCUGCUCAGCUCCGGCACCUCGGGGAGGUGGUCCACACGUUCUCUCACAUCAAGGUGACGUAUCAAGUGUAUGGUCUGGCCCUGGAAGGCCAGACCUUGGCAAGCACACCACCUGGCGCUCGCUGGCUGACCCGGGAGGAAUUUCACACUGCAGCAGUCUCCACGGCCAUGAAAAAGGUUUUCCGUGUGUAUGAGGGCCAAAAGCCAGGGACCUGCAAGCACCACCUCAGCGUGGAGCCGCCUGGAGACCACCGCAGAUCCCGGACCUGUGAGAACCACGCGGAGCCAGCCCUGGGGCGGAGUAGGGGGAGGGGGCGGGGCCUGUGACUCCACCUUUACCCCCAGACCCCAUAGCCGCGGGUAACGCCAGGACGCCGCGCUGCUCCUCCCCAGGGUCUCCGCCCAGGGUCACACCCUUAGGGAGAUCACAGUUGCUGCCUUCACUCGGUGCCAAGUACUCGGCUCUCCCUCAUGCCCCAACUCAGCAGAGACUCAGCCCCGGGUGAGAGGAUCCUGAAUUCUCCCUCAAGCACAGACUUUCUUAGCAGUUUCAUGUUUUUCUUUACAAUUCAGGAAUUUUACUUUAUUCUUUUGAGGAUUUUAUUUAUUUAAAAGGCAGAGUUACAGGGAGUGGGGAAUAGAGAGAGUUAGCUUUGCCAUCUACCGGUUCACUCACCAAACGGUUGCAAAGGUCCGAGCUGGGCCAGGUGGAAGCCAGGAGCUUCUUCCUGGUCUCCCACAUGGGUGCAGGGGCCCAAGCACUUGGGCCAUCUUCCGCUGUUUUCCGUGAUGCAUUGACAGAGAGCUGGAUGGGAGCAGGACGUUGGUGUCGCAGGUGGCAGCUUAACCUGCUACACCACAGUGCCCGGCCCCUUAUGCUCCUUUAAUAUUAAAACAUCAGCAACAUUAGGGGGCAGGCAUUAUGGCAUAGAAGGUAUAGCACCAUCUGUGAUGCUGGCAAACCAUACGGGUGCUGGUUUGUGUCCCCACUGCUCCGCUUCCGAUCCAGCUCCCUGUUAAUGGCCUAGGAAAGUAUCUGGGACCCUGCUUCCUAGGUGGGACACCUAGAUGAAGCUCCUGGCUUCAGCCUGGUCCAGCUCUGUUGCAGCCAUCUGGGAAGUGAACCAGCAGAUGGAUGAUCUCUGUGUUUCUCCCCCCUCUCUCCAUAACUCUUUUAA